AUGGCAACCAAAGUGGUUUGCAAAUCUAAAAUACUCCUCACACCCGAUUACUAUGCCCUCUGGUUGCUCUCCAUGAAAGCCAAGCUUCAUAAAGCCAAAUUGCUCACCAUCUUCACUGGAAUCCACACCUGUCCUGACCCUGAAACAGACAAAGAGAACACUAAGCUCUAUGUCAAACUUAACAAAGAUGUGUAUGCCAAAAUCAUCCAACAUCUCAAUCAAGAAAUUCUCGCGUAUGUCAGCUCUACCCUACCCAAGGUCAAUGAAUUCAAUGGAUACAAACUCUGGCAGCUCCUCAAACAAAAUUAA